UAUGAACAAAGAGUGGGGAGAUGUUUUCAGAAAUAUGACACUUAAAGAGUUAAAUGAACUACCUUUUUUAAAAGAGUUUCCGGAUCACUUUCCAAAUUCUUUGAAGCAUUUUAUUCAAAGUUGUGAACAAAUGAGCUUAAAUCGGUCGCAAGAAAUAACAGAGUCCACUGAAAUUCCUUUAGAAAUGAGACGCAAUAUAUCUGCUAAGAAAUUACACGAAAUAUCAAAUAUGGCAACGGUUGUUUCGUCUCUUUAUAAUAAGAAUGAUUGCGAUUUGGUUAUUGAUAUAGGAGCAGGUUUAGGAUAUGUCAGUGAAUUGUUAUCAAAAGUUUAUAAUAUCCCAGUAGUUACUCUUGAGGGUAAUGAAUCACAUGCAGAAAAAGCAGCAAAAAAGCUGGAAUCAUCAAAGAUUAAAGUCUAUACACUUAGGAUUGAUGAUAGCCAACUGGUACGGGAAAAAUUGAAAAAUAUAAUAGAAGAAAAUAAUUCGAAUAAUACUUGUGUAAUCGGUCUUCAUUGUUGUGGAGAUUUGACUGUAAAUAUACUGAGGCUUUGUAGUCAAAUUAAUGUUUCUCUCGUCUGCUUAGUAUCGUGCUGCUAUCAUCGCAUGUCAAAGUGGCCUAUGUCAUCCAAAUUAACGAGCAUCUUCAAAGGUCCUCUAUCUCUAUACGGGUUACGGUUAGGAGCUCAAGAAACAAGAAUUAGAUGGUUAAAUCAAACAGAAAACGAUCACGAAACGCAUGUACGCAAUGUCUUGUAUAGAGCAGUUUUGGAACUUUUUUUGAAAAAUAAAGGUAUGGAAACAUUAAAAAAGACGAAAAGGAGACUUGUGCGACGAGAAGAGCGUCUUUCGUUUGCUCACUAUAUAGAUGAUGUGAUAAACAGAACAGAAUUCAGUUCUCUCUGGAAAGAGGAAAUUACUCAAUUGUAUCGCGAAUGUGAAGAAGCAGAAAAUAUGAUAGAACCUAUAACUUGUCUACAAGUUAUGUUGCAAAGUGUGAUAGAAACAUUAAUACUAAUUGACAGAGUGUACUUUUUGAAGGAAAACGGCUCUUACGAUGUAAAUCUGCUUAAUGUAUUUGAUGACAAAAUCUCACCAAGAAAUGUUGCUAUUGUUAUGGAAGCGAAAAAAAUGUUGUAA